UUCCUCUAGUAGCUCCAUCCUAGUCCACCUAGUCGUAUCCGUCUUCAUGCAUGAGAAUCAUGAGGCCUGGCCAUCUACCCUAGUAAGUUGCAGAUUCUUAGCUUCACCUUCCGGGAUUCCACCAUCUUUCCCAUCAGAAACGUCUGAUCUCCAUGACGGUCAUUCCUGCCAUUAUUAAAAACGUAACCCCCAACUACAUCAAGAACAUCUUCUUCGUACCUCCACGACUUCUUCGCGACUUUCCUUCUAGGUGAUCGAAGCUUUAGUUGCCCAAAUGGUCAUGAUUGCAAUGGUCAUCGCGAUGGCGGCAACGAUCUUCCUCAAACCGGGUCCAAAGCGCCAAUUGCGGGAUAUUCAUUAUGAAAGAAGGCUAUUCAUUUUCAUUGUGUCACUGGCUAGAUAGCACUACGCAGCAGGAACCUACCCACAAUGAACUUUCUCGAAUAAGGACUGACUAUCUAGGCGAGUACUUGUAGUAUAAUUUGAACAAGAGAAGUAUGAAGCAGCAGGACUAUCUUCGCAGGCUGCCUACUCGGUCUGCAUCUCUCGAUGAAGCUCUCAUAGUGAAGAAAUCGUCGACGCCGUUUCGCCGACUGUUGUUAAGGCUAACGAGAAAUCAAAAUCAACUUAAACAUAAAAGUCAGUGUUGAGACUGUCAGUCUGUAUUAUGAUUGAAGAUGCCACGAAGAAACGGACUUCCAUCAAUCGAUCAGUCAAUGGCCAUCAAUGGCCGAUAACAAGAACAAUAUUUGAAUUUACACCUUCUAGUCCUUUCUAAGACCUGAGGGACCCUUGCGAAAGUGCUAGUUGCGGUUGGAGCAACUGGCGCCAGUAUGGUUGCUGCGCUUGUUGUGAGCAUCACUCCAGCUUGGUCGAUUUGUGAGCUGCGAGGCGUCGAGAGAUCUCAUGAAAAAAGCUACGCUGAAGCAAGAGGAUUCUAUCAAGGGUGAGCUGAUAUUUUUAUUUUUUUCAUGUUCAUUCAUUGAGAUCGAACUAUUUAAAUUUGGUUCUUUCGAAGGUUUUGUUCUACAGAAAUGAUAUCGAUCGUAAGUAGAUCAUGAUCAUGCGUAGGACCAUCAUGCGUAAGUAGGUCAUCAUGAUCAUGAUCUGCUCUUCAACAGAAGGUACAGGAUAGUUGAAAGGCCUCGAACAAGGUGUUAGUAUAACACAUAGAAGAGGAUCCAUGACAUGACAUAGGACCAUAGUUAGGUCAAUGAAUUGUACCUAAAAUCAUGAAUGUGGCAUGAUAUCAAAAAGAUUGUCAGGUUUUUCGCGAUUCUCCUACUCUCUGGUGCAGUUGCCAUAAUCCCGGGUUUCGGUGAUUCGGCUGCGCUCUCUAUCCAAGUAGAAGUUUUGAACGCCUUGCGGAUGCCCUUUGUAGUCGCGUUCCUUUUCGUCCUAGCAUCGAAACGAGGAGUAUUGCCGGAACGAUAUCGACUUUUAUGAGCAAUGAAUUGGCAUGAGUGUUGUUCUGCUUUUCAAAAACUCUUUUACUACUUGUUACCUAUUUUACUGUAAAUUAGAGCAGGGAAAAACACAUUUACUAGUUUUAGAUCUGUUAGGUUGGGGUUCAUCUUCAGACUUGUGGAAUGUCGAUGUCGAAGUUCAUUCACUUGAGUACUUUUUUUCUAAUCUCCCGAGGCUGGUACCAGUACCUUCUCGGUUCUGUCUUUCUGGUGUGCAGUGUUUUGUGCGUGUAUGCGAGUAUCUUGGACUUCAUCGAACAAUUCCGCGGUGGCCAUGAACUUCGAUUCAGACAUACGAUGUUGCGGUUAAGGCUACAUUCAUUCAAUGAUGGAAUAAUCUUUUAGGUAUCUACUUUGAUUAUCCAACAAUCGCAAUCUUAGAGAACAACGAAGUGACAAGGUUUAGAAGGAAAUUGACUAACGGUGGUUUUCUCUGCUUCUUUUCUAAUUUACAGACCGCUGCGAGACUCUGGCUCAGUAGCGGGAGUGGAGAUAGCUCCAGUUGGCGAGACUUCUGAAAGCACAUGGACAGGAGAGACGGGCGCUCACAGUAAGAAGGGUGGACUACUGGCAAACAUUUUUUACUGA